GGGCUCUGUCAACGACCCACCUGGAUUCCCACCCGGCGGGGGUAGAGGACGGCGCGAAAGGGAUCCCGGCGAACCCGCCGCUCGGGGUCAUGUCGUACCUGAGCAAGAUCUCGGCUGCAGCACAGUUGGUCCAUGAGGACGAGUUCCGGCGGAUGCGGGAGCCGGGCCGGAAGAAGAUGGACAAGCUGAUUGGUAGGCUGCCGAAGGGGCAAGAAUCGCCCUUCGGCGACUUCCCCACCGACUACACCCGCCCGUCCGACGAGGCGAAGCGGUCCAUUGCGCUGCAGGUGAUGGGGAGCGCCACCUUUACACCCAGGACACCCAGAACCUUAGAGCCCUUGCCGUCGGCGCGCGGAGCCAAGACGCCGCGCAGCGCGAGGCCUACACCGCGGGAGAGCCAAAAGGCCUCCCCGCGCUCGCCGGUGGCCACGCCACGGCUGGAAAGUGGGCCACCGAUGGCGGGUGCCUUCCGAAGGCGGAACAUCGAGCCCUCGGAGUUCCGGCGCUUCUACGACCGGAACGACCUGCCAAUCCAGAUCCUGCACACGGGCACCCAGAAUCGAAUUGCUUGGAAGGUGGAUGUUGAAAAGUUGGACUACCACCACUACUUGCCCAUCUUCUUCGAUGGGCUUCGGGAGAAGGAGGAGCCCUACCGAUUCUUUGCGGUGGAAGGAGUCUACAACCUCCUCGAGAAGGGCGGCUCCAAGAUUCUGCCCGUGGUGCCGCAGCUCAUCAUCCCGAUCAAGAAGGCCUUGAACACGCGAGACCCUGAAGUCAUGGUGACGACCAUGAAGGUGCUACAGACCUUGGUCUUGUCCGCGGAGAUGGUGGGCGAGGCACUGGUUCCGUACUAUCGGCAGAUUCUGCCAGUACUCAACAUCUUCAAGUCGGCCACCAAGAGCACCUUCGAUCAUAUGGACUAUGCCCAACGGAAGCGCAUGGAUUUGGGCGCCCUCAUCGACGAGACUCUGGAGAUACUGGAGACUCAUGGUGGGGAGGAUGCGUUCAUCAACAUCAAGUACAUGAUCCCCACCUAUGAGUCCUGCGUGUCGGUCUGAGAGGAUGGGAGCAGCUCAGGAUGCCCCAGGGGCCUCGAAGACCAGGUGGACAGUCAACCCAUGGACUCCCAGUUGUCUGGUGCUUCAGGUGCGGUGCUCUGAGUGGGUCUGUGGUCUUGAGGUGCAUCUGAACCGGUGGACUGGACCCACGUCGAAGUGGACGUCUUGAUUGGC